UCAAAAGACUACGGACACAAAACAUACUGGCCAGGAAUAAACGAAUUGGAGGCUGGCGCUGGCGGCGUCAUGUGAUAAGAUUGAGUUCGGUUGACGAGCCAUUGAAACAAAGUAUACUGAGUCGGCACGAAAGCUCAUUUUGUCCAGUACUCAUAACCAUUCCGCCUACGUGCCUGCCGAGCAGAACCCCUUGCAAUGCUGAAUACCAUUUAUAAUAUUGGAAUUCUGAAUAAGCGGCGCAUGGUUGACAUGAGGUAUGGGUUACUUACUGUUCGAUGCAUGCGUACCGCAACACUGAGGGUUUGCUUUUCAAAAUGGUGCAGAGAUCAGGCUUCCAGAAAGAAAACAGAUACAGGAUCGGGCAGUCCUCAAGACGUCGCCGAACGCAAAUGGGACCAAGUCGUCAUGUUUUUAUUCCUCUGCGCUCUCUUCCCCUUCCUUCAUGCACUUCUCGGUAUAGGGGGAGAAGCCGAGCAACAUGUGAACCGCCCAGCGAAAGCAACUGGCGAGCCUCCAAAUAACUCUCAAGGGAAUGACACAGGAAAAGCCGCCGCUCUCUUCAGAAACCAGCUGCUUGCGAGUGACGCAGAUCCGGGCUACCCAGUCGAGAAUUCUGAGCACAUCGCGUACCUCACACGCGCGCCCAUUGCAUUGGCACCACAAGAUGCAUUCCCUGAUCCGACCUCUCCAAUUACCCACUCAGACGUGACCCCUGCAGUGCCUUUAACGUCCGCAUUCGCGCAGACACCUGAACCUCGUGCUCCGGUCUGGUUUCAGGGAGACAAGUGGGAUGACAUGCCCGGGCCGUAUGACCCAUUCUAUCUUGAAUUCAACGGCAUGCCUUGGAGUACACCGACAAAAGCAAUCUAGACGGUCGCAGCACAAAGGACUCGGAGCAUCAGGCGAAAAGCAGAGGAAGUUCAGGAGGUGUCAAGAAAAUGUUGGCGGGUCCCAGAUAUCCAAGAUGGCACCAGACUCGAUCAACGAGUGUGCACUUGUUUCGAUUAUUUCGUCUUCCACGUACUUUUUUGUAUUUAAAAUGUUCUGUCCGCGGUACGCUGUACGUGUCGAUUGUCUAUUGUCAAUAUUUGGGUUAACAAAAUGA